AUGAAAUUCGCCGUAGUCAUAUUCGCAUGCGUGCUGGCAGCCGCUACCGCUCAACUUAAUAGGGGGCAAUACCAGAAGGACCAAUACCAAUACAACAACAACAGAUACAACAAUCCAUACAACAACCAAUACAACAACCAAUACAACAAACAAUACAACAACCAAUACAACCCCUUCGGCAACACCUACAACCGUUACCAGAAUCAGAACUACAAUCCUUACAAAGCCUUUGGGUCCUCCACUCCUUUCCCUCUGCGGCCUGCGGUUGUUGCUGAGGCCAGUGCUAGCAUAGCUCCCCCCGUCGCCUCUGUGACCGCUUCUCCUGAAGCCCUUAAGAUCACCGCAGCCCCCGCUCUACCAGCCCCCGUUCCUGUGCUCGCCAUUGCCAAGAUUGCCUCUGAUGACCGUCACGCUGAAACCGUUAAAUAUGAAAAUGAAAUCAACCCUGACGGUAGCUACAACUACUUCUAUGAAACCAACAACGGUAUCACCGCUCAAGCUCAGGGUGUUCCCCGUAACUUCGGUGGUAACCCACCCGUAGUCCCUGAUGUCGCCCAAGGUUCUUUCUCCUGGACUUCCCCUGAAGGCGAAACUAUCGCCAUCACCUACAUCGCUGAUGAGAACGGAUACCAGCCACUCGGUAAAGCUAUCCCCCAACCCCCUCCAAUUCCAGACCAGAUCGCCCGUGCCCUCGACUACAUCGCGAGAUCUGCCCCCAAAAAC